CUGAACAAACUGUAGCAAUUCAAAGACCGCUCUGCGCAGCGGGAGAAACAGUUAGCCCGCGCCAAAAUCCUUUCUUUCAACUGAACCGCAUUCGGCACGCUGAAACCGCCAUGACACGUCUAACAAAGCAAUACGAUACGAUAGCGCACGAUGAGGGCGUCUGGACGGUGAGCUGGAUUCCAGGCACGCAAUCUCUCUUCACCGGCUCCGUGGACGAGUCCGUCAAGCGCUGGGACGUCACCGAUCAUGGGUUAACCGAGGCGUACAAAGUGGAGGGCCAGGGCCUGGGCGUGAUCUCGGUCGCGGCGCAUGGGUCAGGGCAAUUUGCCGCCUCCAGCGCGUUGGACUCGCUCAUACGCGUCUGGGACGUGAAUGACCACCUCAACAACAUUUCCGUCAUCGAAAUGGCGCCCACGGAAACCUGGACGGUGGCGUUUGGGCCCCAAAUGGAGUACAUCGACCUCGCCGUGUCGGGGGGCACCCGCAACACAGUGGUGCUCUGGCGCAUCGGCGAGGGCCAAACGGAGAACGUCGGCGAGCUGGCGGCACCCUCGGCCCCCACCGAGUCCAAGGCCGGCAAGCGCGAGCAGUUCGUGCUGAGCGCCGCCUACAGCCCCGACGGCACCAAGCUGGCUGCGGGCUGCAUGGACGGCUCGGUGGCGGUGUGGGACCUGGCCAGUCAGAAGCUGCUGGGGCGGUGCGGUGGACACCACAAGCCCGUGCGCAGUCUCACCUUCACAGCAGACAGCCGCAUGCUGCUGACCGCGUGUGACGACAUGCACGUGCACCUGUACGACGUGGACAACACCGCGCUCAUAGAGGCCUUCAGCGGCCACGAGUCCUGGGUGCUCAGUGUGGCUGCGCACCCCGGCGGCGCCGCCUUCGCCAGCGGCGGCAGCGACGCGCGCGUCAAGGUGUGGGACAUGGCCACGCGCACCUGCACCCAGACCAUGGCGGCCGACCACACAGACCAGGUGUGGGGUGUGGCCUUCAGCAGCACCGGCUCCCACCUGGCCUCCGUGGGCGACGACAAGCGCCUGGUGGUGUACGCCGUGGCGUAGAGGGGAGAACGAGGGGGGGGGAGAAGUGAGGGAAACGGGGGGAGAGGGUGUGCGUGUGUGUAUGCAUAUGUGUGUGUAUGUGAGGUGUGGCGGCGGGCUUGGAGGAGGAUGGCGGCGCGGCGGGCGGGGGGGGAGGCAGUGGUUGGAGCAGAGGGGAGGAGGAAAGGAGAAAGGGUAAACAGUACGAUAGGAGAAGUGCAAACUGAAUGAAAGGCGCCUGGCAGCAUUUGCGGCCGGGUGCGGCGCAGCCGUUACACGCACAUGCAUGGCAGCUUGAUGUGGGCUGCUGCUGUGUGUCGGUGUUGUUUCCAGGCGUGGCUGGCUGUUGGUGGGAGGCGGGAUGCGACCUCGCGGGGCUAGGCGGGGUUGGGAGAGCGGGAGAGCGGGCGGUGGACGCAACGAGCAAGCCAAAGCCGGAGGGUCGGGCGGAGCAGGGUGCGGCGGAGCAGGGCUCCCGACGCGGGCUACCAGUAACAAACGACGGCCGCAGCGGCAGAGGCCGGUGCAAAUGUGCAAUCAGCCCUUUGAUGUUGUUGUUGGCUGGCGGGAUAGAUGCCAGAUUUGCAAGUGGACACGGCUGCUGACGGUGUUGUAUUUGUGUUGCUGUCGGAUUGGCGGUGUUGAUGGGGUGUCGAGCACGUCUCUCCAUCAUCUCUGGAAGAGCAUCCAGCGCUGGGACGGCUGCCUCGCCUCGGUCCGGGUCUCCGGGUCUGCGAUGGGACAGUUGUAAGGCAGGUUGGUGAAGUCCCGUAGGGUGCAGCCGAUUCCCAAACCCCAGCAGAUGGCAAACAAUUUG